AUGACUAGUCAAGCUAAAAAUACAUUUGAAAUUCCGAAAUGGGCUGGAAAACCAGUGGCUGGUCUACAUUUAGAUGUCGUCAAAGAGGGCAAAUUGAUACAAAAAUUAAUGAUCGAUGAGAAAAAAUGUUAUUUUUUUGGACGAAAUAAAGAAUUAUGUGAUUUUACUAUUGAUCAUGCAUCAUGUUCGCGUGUUCAUGCAGCACUUCUUUGGCAUAAAGAUCUUAAUCGACCAUUUUUAAUUGAUCUUGGUUCAACACAUGGAACAUUUAUAGGUCAUAUUCGACUUGAAAAUCAUAAACCACAACAAGUACAUAUUGAUAGUGAAAUACAUUUUGGUGAAUCAAGUCGUAUAUAUAUUAUUCGUGAACGUCCACAAGUACAUGGAAAUAAACUUCAUCAUAUAUUUGGUAGUAAUGCAAAUACAAAUAAUUUAAAUAAUGAUACUAAUGGAGAUCAUAAUGAUGAAAAUAAAGAUGCUAAUAAUUCAUUUUCAAUACCAGAAUCUGAAAUAGAACUUGAUAAUUUAACUGAAUUUAAUACAGCACAUAAUCGACGUAUUGCACAAAUUGUUCAAAUAUCUGAUUUACCUAAUGUACCAACUGUUAAAAGAAAACGAAGAAAUGUAACAUUUAAUGAAGAAGAUGAUGUAAUUAAUCCAGAGGAUGUCGAUCCAAACGUUGGCCGAUUUCGGAAUCUUGUUCAAACAACAGUUAUUGUACCAAAGAAACGAAAAUUUGAUCAGCCUGGUAUUAGCCAUCUUGGCCUUGAUACAGCUCAAAAACAUGGACAAGCAUUUCAUUAUUCACAACUUUAUGAUGCAAAUCAUCCAAUACAUGCUACAACAUCAAUUGAACCAUCGAAUUCAUUACAAGCUCAACAUCUUAGUGUAGCAGCAAAACUUGGAAUAUCAAUACCAAAUUUAGCACCUGAUCUACGUGAAUAUGAUAUAACUGAACCAGCAUUAACAAUACUUCCAAAGAUUACACCCAAUUCAUUACAAGCAUCAAUGACAGAAAUAAAUAAUGAAAGUAUGGAACCGAAGAAAAAGAAAUAUGCUAAAGAAGCUUGGCCAGGAAAACGACCAUCUGGUUCAAUGUUACUUGUUAAAUAA